UAUUUCUACUGGGUUCCCCUCAGGGCGAAGAACUUAAAGAAAAGCAAAAGCUGUCUGAAAAAUCUGCCACUUUAUCUCUGGAGAAGAUCCAGGAAUUGGAGAAUAUUGUGCAAGAGAUGGAGAGACAAAAUGAGCGCCUGGACGAGGAAAAUAACUUACACGCCAUAUCCUUUGACAAAGAGCAGGCCAAUACUGCGAAACAUGAAGAUAUGAUGUCCGAAAUGGACAAAACCAUUGAGAAGUUGAAGCGCAGCAAGAAGAAAACCCAGGAUGCACUCUCGAAGUCUACCAUUCUGAUGGAUGAAGCCAAGCUCCACGAAGAUGCCCGGAAUGUCCAGGUCCAGGUUCUGGAGAAGGAUAUUGCCACCCUGAAGGAGGAGAACCUCUCGCUGCACCAUGCUGCCAAGUUGUGGGAGGAGAAGCACAGGGAGACAAGCGAGCAGAUCAAAGUCUACCAGAAGUCCCAGAAAGACCUGGAGGAUUCCCUCCUUCAGAAGGACCACAACGUUCUAUCUGACCUGCUAGGAGACCUGAGGCGCCUGCGAGACCUGAAAGGCUGGAGUUGUUGCUAA